AUAUCAUUUCCAAUUCUAUUUUUUGCGAUAAUUCUCUGUAAAGCGCAAACAUCUAUGCAACGCACGACCAUAGUUCGAUUCCCCCAUUAAAAAAGGCGGCAAGGAUUUUGACGUCAACGCGCAGCAAGGUUUCGCCUCCCACUAAGGAACACCAGGCUUCGUGGUUGGAAAUCCUCGGCGCAGAUGCGACUUCGGAAAGGGACGUUCCGACGCCUGUAACGACGUCACCGCGGCAUCGAAACCGGGGAACGCGGUUGAUCAGCAGUUUCUGAGAUGUCGACACGAACGCAUACUUCUUGCCGUUAAUUCUACGUGUGCUCCUCGCGUGUGUACCUCGUGCGUGUGCGCGUGUAUUUCGCGCGUAUAAAGACACACACACAAAAAAAAAAGAAGAAGAACAAAAGAAAAGGAAGGAAAAAACGCUUGGAUACGUGCCGAUGCGUCUCAUAAUGGGACUGUUGGCCGUGCGACGUCGGUCCACCUGCUAUCCUUUGUCAUGCUAAUUGUGCAACCUGACUUCCCUUCUUCGACGAGAAGCGAGCGAGGAAACACCGUACGUCCCGACGAAUCGAUAAAGCGGGGUGUGGCUUUGCAACGGUGGAGAAUUUCCAAAGUCUGACCACGCGGGGAUCUGUUAUUCCCGAUUCAAUCGGAGAACGGGCGGGAUACGAGGUUGAUAGAUCAGAAUGAUAGCCUGCUGGGUAUUGACCGGUGUGUUCGGGGCUAUCGUGUUGCUCUACGGGGUGAUAGAGGUCCACUAUUUUCUUCGCAUGUUCUUCAUCGUGUUCUUCGCGCGUUUCUGCAAGAAGAGAGUUCGCAUCCUCGACGAGACCACUGUAUACGGUAUCUGCACCACGACGGACGUGGAUCCAUUGCUUUCCCACAUGAACAACGCGAGAUACCUUCGCGAGCUCGAUUUCGCCAGGGCGGAUUUUUACGAAAGGACCAACCUCUAUCGCGAGAUAUGCUCGCAGGGAUCGGGUGUCGUGCAAGGAGCGGCGACGAUACGUUAUCGUCGUUUCCUGAAACCUUUCUCCAUCUUCAAAAUAACUUCUAAGAUUAUAUAUUGGGAUGAAAAAUCCAUAUUCAUGGAGCAUCGAUUCAUCACGACCAGCGAUGAAUUCGUGAGGGCUAUCGCUAUAUGCAGGCAAAAACUUUUGGACUGUAACGCCGAGACUAUAAUCAGCACUCUAAUGGAACGGGGCGUGAAGCAAAACGUAGAGGCGGGCGCACCGCAGAUACACAACGUGAGGCCGCAAAUGCCGCCGGAAGUCGCGAGAUGGUUGGAGAGUAACGAAAUCUCGUCGGCGCUUCUUCGUCAGAGUGCUGCGGUGACCACGCAUUGCUGACAAAAGGAGGAAGCGGCGUCCACCACAAAUGGCGCCGUCUCCACUUCCGUGUACGCGACUACGGCCGUCUAAGGUCGAAGAUUCGAUCGAUGCUGGCUUUCGUUGAUCGUGAAGGCGUUAAUUAAAUCUUCCACGUACCGUUCUUCCACCGAACGGCAUACGAGAUAGCUUCGAAUCAAUUUUUUAGGUGAACAAAUUAAACGGGUGAUCGUUAAGUUUGAAGCUUUUAUCGAUUGCAAGUCCGAUGGUUCAAUGGUCGAAGAGGGGCAGCUUAAUAUUGCCAUUUGUCCGCCUGAAAAUUUGGUUUAACGUUAUUUAACGUAGCGUGGUUUCGAUAAACAUGUAUACAUACAUACGUACAUAUGUAUAUAUAUAUAUAUAGCCGAUGUCAAAAAGAGAAAGAAAGGAAAUUGUUCGAAAGAAGAACAAGAUAUUUAAGAGUACAAAGGCUAGACAGAGGCGCGAAAUUAUUUUAAUAGGCAAUAGUAUAUGCGCGACUAUCGGACUGUAUAAGGUGUUGUCGUUUCUCCUCCCUCACGCGAGAGGCGAGAAUUUAUUUACAGAAUUUAUUUGAUAGAUCCCGUGAUUUCCAAGAUGCUUUACGAGAAAUUUGUCCAGCAUUCCGUGGAACGGAUUGCUAGAUGCGGCGUCGAGCAAGGUUACAGAUACGAAACCGUGUAAUCCAAAGGAGCUUCCAAAAUUAAAAAAUGAGCACCAUUUGUUAAAUAUUCCCCGUUGAAAGUAAUCGCGAGGCGUUAUUUACAUUUUUUAUUAUAUAUAUAUAUAUAUAUUAUAAUAUAGUAUAUAUAUUGUACAUACAGCGAUUGGCGCCGGUAAUUGAUUUCCGCGAGAGAGAGAGAGAGAGAGAGAGGAAGGGGGAGGGAGAGGAGAGAAUAAAUUAAUAGAAUUCUCUCGAGGAACUCUGAACAAUUUACAUAUUUACGAGCGCGUUAAGAGUGUUUAUACUUCUAUAACGUGUUACAGGUGCCUUUAACAUAAUUCGUGAUUCGUGGAUAUUCGCUUUUUUACGAUUAUCGAAUAAUUAGACCGUGACAUUGAUUUGCCACGCGUCGACUCGUUGCAAUUUUAAAUUCCAUUUGUUAUCAUUGCUGCAUUUAUUAUUAUUAUUAUUAUUAUUAUUAUUAUUUUCUAUGAUAGGACGUCCGGCAACCGGGAGUUGAAAAAAAAAAAAAGAAAUUGUAUGCGGCUCUCGCGUGAUUAAUUUUUCUUUUUAAAUCGUGUAGAACGCCUUGUUACCGACGCCAUUUGCACGAACAAAUUCAUUCAAGGUGUAUAUUUCGACUUAAAUUUCGAAGUAAAAAACGGUAUUCGUAGUUUCGUCAUUGAAAAGUAGCCGACGACGUAGCGAGUCUCGAACAGAAUAAAAUAGAAUUGUCCACCACGUGGAUAUACGUGGACACGUUAUUAUACUUCUAGAUGAUAAUAGUGCCAUUUUUUUUUUUUUUGUCAGAUAAUAUUGUGUUGAUCAUGUCGUUGAAGAUACCAUUAUCCAGGAGUAAGAAUAAAUAUUCCUUAGAUGGCUAAUGUUUCCUCGUUGAAAAAA